AAACUUCCGCUUUCUUGAGAGUGAACACGUACAUAGCUUGUGUUGACUGCAGAGUUUUUAUAAUGGAUCAAAUAUUUAUCGAUAGAGUACGAAAGUAUUUACGUGAUAACGUUGAAAAGACCUACAUAAAUCCAACAAUAAUAAGUAAGUAUCUACAAGACAAAUUUUCUGAAUAUUCUUCAGUAGAGGUCGAACGUUUGCGUAUAUCAGUUAAAGAAGCUUAUCGUAUCAUAUCUGAAAACUUCGAUUUGUAUGAUGAGUUUGUAAAAGUUGGUUGGAAUUACUCAGAAAGUGAUAGUGCAUUGAAUAACGAAUUGUACUCAAAAAACUCUACACAGCCUGCAAAAAAAAUAAAAGUUGAUGCUGACUUUGUAGCGAAUGAUGCCGACUUUGUAGCGAAUGAUGCCGACUUUGUAGCGAAUGAUGCUGACUUUGGAGCGAAUGAUGCUGACUCUGUAGCGAAUGAUACUGUCUUUGGAGCGAAUGAUGCUGCAUUAAAAAUGAAGCAAAAAGUGCGUAAAUAUAACAAAAACGUUAUAUUGGAUCAGUCAACCCAAAAUUUCAACACUCUUUGUGGUAUGGAAAAUACUUUAAAAAAGUUAUGUGAGACUUUUUUAUAUCUCAAAACACCAAAAAUUUAUAAUACAGUAGGUUUGGAUACACCAAGUGGAAUUUUACUACAUGGCCCUAGAGGUUGUGGCAAAACGCAUCUUGCAUAUGCUAUAGCCGGGGAAUUUCAUUUGAAUAUUAUUAAAUUACAUGGGAGAGAACUUAUAUCAGAUACUUUAGAAGAAACUCAAACAGUAAUUUCUGAUGUUUUCGAUCAGGCUCUAUUUUGUGCACCAUGUGUACUUUUUAUUGAUGAAAUUGAUGGUAUAUGUGGGAAUAGUUCAAAGGCACAAAAGGUUAUGGAGCGACUAGUAGUUUUAAAACUGAUAUCUUGUCUUACUGAGUUAAACGAAUCUGAGAACGGUCAUAAAGUUUUAGUUAUUGCAGCUACUUCUCGACCAAAUGAAUUGGAUCCAGAUUUGUAUCAAGACGGAUGCUUUCUUGUCGAUAUCGCGUUACCAUUACCAAAUCGACGUAAUCGCAAAGAGAUGUUAAGUGUUAUCUGUAAAAGUCAAACUUUAAAGAAGAACUUUGAUUUUAAUAAAAUAGCUGAGUUAACACCCGGUUAUUCUGGAGGUGAUUUAUCCAAUUUAAUAUCAUGUGCAGCUACAAUUGCAGUAAAAAAGAAAUGUUCAGAACAAAUUCGUAAGCUCCGAGAACGAAAACAAGAAAACAUAACGAUUGUGAAUUUGGAUAACAAAGAGAAUGAAGAAACUGAGAAAGCAAAUAAAUCUGAAAAAGAAGCUAAAAACUCAGUUGAAAAAACAGCAACAGAAAAAGAAAAAGAAACAUUAAAAGAAGAAAAGAACGGAAUAGAAUCAAAAAAUACUGAGAAUAAGAAGACUGUUGAUGUGGAGAAAACUGCUAUGGACAAAAUGAAAACUAAUGAAGAACAGGCGAAAGAAGAAAAAAUUAAUGCUAAAACUAAUAUAAUAAAAGCAAAUGACGAUGAUUCAGAAAAAAAAUGUAUUAAAAAAGAAAACAUUCCAGAACUAUCUUUAUUAGAAAUGAGGAAUUUGCUUAUUAAUCCAUCUGAAGAAAUAAUGAUGCCAGAUAAGUUUUAUAUAACGCAUGACGACUUUUUAGAUGCUAUAAAAUUAAUAAAACCUACUGCUAAACGUGAGGGUUUCAUAACUAUUCCUGAUGCGACAUGGGAAGAUAUUGGGGCUUUACAUGAAAUACGUGAUGAGUUAAACUUAGCCAUUUUAGCACCUCUCAAAUUCCCAGAAAACUUAGAAACACUUGGUUUAUCUGCACCCUCAGGUGUUUUGUUAUGCGGACCGCCUGGUUGUGGCAAAACUCUUCUGGCUAAAGCAAUUGCUAAUGAGGCUGGCAUUAAUUUUAUAUCCGUACAGGGACCAGAACUAAUGAACAUGUAUGUUGGUGAGAGUGAACGUGUAGUACGCGCAAGUUUCCAACGUGCAAGGCACUCAGCACCUUGUGUACUUUUCUUCGACGAAUUUGAUUUACUCUGUCCAAAACGCUCAGAAACUAACGCAGUUAACGGAUCACGUACAAGAAUAGUGAAUCAAUUUUUAACCGAAAUGGAUGGUGUUAAAGAUCGUCAAGGUGUUUACAUUAUAGCUGCAACUAAUCGCCCUGAUAUUAUUGAUCCUGCUAUAUUACGUCUUGGCCGUUUAGACACAAUAUUGUAUGUAGGUUUACCAAACGAAAGCGAUCGUGUAGAAAUUCUUAAAGCAAUAACAAAGAAUCGUACACGACCCUUGUUGUCAGAGGAGGUCGAUUUUGUUGAAAUAGCAAAAAAGACUGAUGGAUUCACAGGAGCUGAUUUGGCAGGUUUGAUGCGGCAAGCCGCUAUGCUAGUACUUAAACAAUGUUUAAGUACCAAAUUAAGAGGAGAAAAUAUGUGUGUGGGAAAUAAACAUAUUGAAGUAGCACUUAAAAUGUUACGUCCAUCGAUAACAGAGAAGGAUCGAAAAAUUUACGAAACUUGGCGUUUCAAGUAUGCUGCUCCUCGUGUUCCAGAUUUAAUAGAAACUGAUUAGAUUAACUGAUUAAAUAAUGUCUUUGAGAUAAGCGAACUUUUGUUAAUCUCAAAUUGAAACAGAACAGAAUUAAUUUUAA